GCACCGUUUACAAAUGGCGAUGAGAGUUGUAUUAUUUUGGGGCCAUAAAUAGAAAUUAAAAUUUUAAGUACAAGAUUUAAUUAAUACUUUGAAUUAAAUUUGAUUAGCUGUUCUAUGUAUCAAGAUGGGAGGUGAGAAGAAAGAUAAAAAGAAAGAAAAACCAGAAGUAUCGUUAGAUAAUUCAACAUGUGUUUAUAUUUUUCCAAAUGGAGAUCGUUAUGAGGGUGAAUGUACGCAGACAGAUUUGGGUUCCAUUGAAAGAAGCGGACAAGGAACACAUAUAAGCUCAUCUGGUAUUAUAUAUCAAGGUUCUUGGAAGAAUGACUGUAUGAAUGGAAAAGGAAAACUCACCCACCCAUCUAAUGCAUCGUAUGAGGGAGAAUUUGUAAACAACCAAUUUCAUGGUUUUGGAAAAUAUACUUGGUCAAAUGGGUCAUACUAUGAGGGAAAUUUUGUGGAAAAUAGGUUGGAAGGAGAAGGGGAAUAUCAUGAUACAGAAGGGCAAAUAUGGACAGGAACAUUUCAUUAUAAGGCAGCUCCAGGGCUUAAGUUCAAGCUUCAGCUGAACUGAUCUGUAGAUAUGGUUUGGAUAAAAGCUAAGACCUCAUUUUAAAUGUACAUUAAACAGCUACACUGAUUUGUUGAUGUAGACUAAAGCUAAGACAAAACAAAUGUUUAAUUAACAUUGAAAUGUUUAUAUCAUCUAAAUAUAUAUGGUGUAAAUUUACUGCAUCAUUUUUUAAAAUGACUUUUACAAUUGUAAUGCUUUUUUAUAGGAUUCUAUUAUACCUUAUAGUUUGGAUUAAUUUAGACUAUAGCUCUUGGAAACACAUUUUCUACAAGAUACAACAGAAUAAAGUUGAAGGUUUAACUUUUUAAACAUCUCCCCACGGAAAUCAAAAUCAACUUUAAAAUGUGAAUCUUUUACAAUACAAAAUUUAUGUUUUGGUUAUUUUUGUAUUUUUUACACUCUUUUGUAUUUUUUACAUAGUGAUAUGUGUGAAUUCUGUAUUAGCUAUUACAUUGAAGGAAAACAAGCUGAGCAUUUAGGCAAUAUGUUUUGAAUGUUUUUCAUAGAAAAAACGUACAUAUGAUUUGAAUAGAAAAAUCUAAUGCAUUGUUUGAUGUGACUGAUAUCAUGUGAUAACUAUUUUAUUUACAUUAAUAAAUAUUGCCUGGUGAA